UGAGCCGGCUCCUCCGCUGUCCCGUGAUGCCCUGCGAUUGUUGGGUGCGUCGGCAUUGGGUCCACCUGUAGUCGGUGGUGCGGGGGGGCGCAGCAAGAUGGCGGAGAGUGAUUACGAGUCGGUGCUCUGUGUGAAACCGGAGGUUCACGUUUACAGGAUCCCGCCGAGGGCAACGAACCGGGGCUACAGAGCUGCAGAUUGGAAGUUGGACCAACCUGAUUGGACUGGGAGACUCCGGAUAACAGCAAAAGGAAAUACUGCUUACAUUAAAUUGGAAGACAAGAUUUCAGGAGAGUUGUUCGCACAAUCCCCAGUGGACCAGUUUCCUGGGAUUGCAGUGGAGAGUGUUGUUGAUUCAAGCAGAUACUUUGUCAUUCGCAUCGAAGAUGGAAAUGGGCGACGUGCAUUCAUUGGCAUUGGAUUUGUUGACCGGGGAGAUGCUUUUGAUUUUAAUGUCGGUCUCCAGGAUCACUUCAAAUGGGUUAAGCAGCAGAGUGAACUCGCCAAACAAGCUCAGAACCCAGACUCCGGACCUAAAUUGGAUUUAGGAUUUAAAGAAGGGCAGACCAUCAAGCUAAAUAUUGGGAAUGUACGGAAAAAGGAGAACUCAUCGACUAAACCACGUCUAACAGGUACUGGAAUAGGCCUACUACCACCACCUCCAGGGACUAAAACACCAAUUCUGCUGCCACCGCCAGGGUCACAAGGCAUGACACAACAGCCUACACAGUCAUCUUCUACAGAAUUACUGGGAGGCUUUGAUGCCCCAAAUCCAUCUCCUGCUUUGGCUUCUCAUACUGCCACAACUGACCUUUGGGGAGACUUUGCAGCAGCAACUAGCCCUGCUACCACCCAAGUGACCCAGAGCACUCACUGGGUUCAGUUUUGACAUGGGGUAGCCUUCUGCCUUCUCCUUUGAAAUUGCAAUCCUGAGAGACCAUAACUGACAAUUCUUUUCUGAUGAGAUUCUUGGAGAUGGAACCUACUGGGAAUCCAUGGUGCCCGAGCCAGCAGGAUUCAGGACUCUCAGGCUGCAGCUUUGGGAUUUUUCAUUUCCAUCAAUAGUGCAUCUCUACCAGAACAUCUGUCCCAUCCUUGUAACCACAGUGUUCGCAAGAGCCCAGAUAUGCAUUACCAUGUAGCAAUGCUUUUGCCUCACAAGUGAUUGGACUCCAUUUCAUAAAGGUCAAUGGGACACAAAUGUAUAAUGAAAAGAAGUUACCAUGUAUUUGAAUUUUAUUUUUUACACAGAAGCGUAUAAUGUGUAAUAAUGAUCCUAACUCUGAAACGUUUCUUAAGCACAUUGUAUACAACUGUUUCACACAGACACUGUUUUCAAUAGAUUCCAUUCCGUUCAUAAUCUUCCAAUGUAACAGCUUGUGGGGUGGGGAAGGGUACUGUGAAGAACUGAUUUGUACUUAAAGAACAAAGCGCUGUAUGAUUCACUGAGGUCCCACAGAAUUACGUGCCACACGAGGAAACAUGUGCGUGACAUAUAUCUUCUUCCAAGUGGUGAUUUUGUAAUCUGUGGUGGAUUGAUGUGGAUGGUGAUUGGUGUGGUAUAGAGUAGCAAAAAACUGGGCCUUUAAAUAUUAUCUGCUUUUCUUUUCCAAAAUAUUUGUCCGCUUUGGCCAGCAACCUUUAACUUUUGGGCUGACCUGUGAACUAUUUGUGUCUGUAAAUAAGAGUUUGUCUAUUUCAAUAUUUAUACAAAUUGGAGGGGGGAGGGGGGUGGAAUUUGGGAGCUGUUAAUGUUAAUGCUGCGUUAAAAUCAGGGAAUUUCUUUAGAGUUGGAAGUGUUCCAAAUAAAAAAAUGUGUAUUAAAACAA